AGGGAAGCCGAUCUUUGGGGAUAAAAAAAUUAUAGUAAUUGGUUAAUUGCCUCUUAAUAUUUAUGUGAUCAUUAGUUAUUGUGAUAAAACCUCAAGAGAAAGUUUCAUUUGUUAGUGGAAUAUUAUCUGAGUUAAAGUCAAGAUGUUGAAUUUAGUACAUCAGUUGGUUGAACAAUAUCAUAAAGAUAAAAAAACAGCAGAUCCACGAUCAAGAUACUGGUUAUUACUAGAGGAUGAUCCACGACCAGUAUGGAUUUUAACUGCAGCAUAUAUACUCUUUGUGUUACUAGGACCAAAAAUAAUGAAAAAUCGUCCACCAUUUAAAUUACAAUGGUUUCUAAUUUUAUAUAAUUUAGGACUGGUUAUUCUUUCUGUUUAUAUGUUUCUUGAGAUUAUUUUAAGUAUAUGGGAUGCAGGAUAUGAUUUGAUAUGUGCUAAAUAUAAUAAAGAUAGUAGAUCAGGAGCCAAAGAAUUGAGGGUAGCUAAAGUUAUGUGGUGGUACUUCUUCUCCAAGGCUAUAGAAUUAAAUGAUACAGUUUUAAUGGUGUUACGAAAGAAAUUUGAUCAAAUCACAUUUUUACAUGUUUUUCAUCAUGCUACUAUGUUAAAUAUAUGGUGGUGGGUGAUGAUGUUUACACCAGGUGGUCAAUCUUGGUUUGGUAGUAUGUUAAAUUGUCUAGUACAUGUUGUAAUGUAUUCUUACUAUACAUUAUCAGCUAUACCUUAUUUUAAAGGAAAAUUAUGGUGGAAACGCUAUAUUACCACCUUUCAAUUGGUGCAGUUUGUGAUUACGUUUACACAUACUGUCAAUUCCCUGUUCUUUUAUACCUGUGAUUUCCCACGAUGGGGCCAAAUUUUGCUGGCAUCCUACAUGGUGUUCAUGUUGAUCCUCUUUGGAAAUUUCUAUGUUCAAGCCUACACCAAGAAAAAACGUCUAGGCACUGAAAGAAAGUCACAUGAAAAUGGAUAUUCAAAGAAUGGCUACAUCAAU